CACUUAACUAGUCACAAGGAGCCAGCAUUAAUGAGUGCUCUGGCAGGAAGCAAAACUUGUAGAGAAGCUAACAAGUUCCAAGGAAGACAGAGAUAAAACACAGACUUGAGCCACUUGUCCUUUAAGUAUGUUGAGACCCAGACUUUUAAGUGUGACUUCAUUGAUCUCAAAACCAGGAAUCCUGUGUUUGCCACUAUUCCAGUUGGUGCUAUCGGACUCGCCAUGCGAAGAAAAUGAAAUGUGCAUAAACUAUAAAGAUCAAUACACAAAUGGCUGGUAUAUCUGGUUCUUGCUGCUGAUUUUCCUGGUGGCUCUUCACUGUGGAGCAGUGCUCUUCUGCCUCCAGUGCUGGGUGAGGAGAUCCCAAAAUUGUUCUCCAAGACGCACCGUGGCUGUUUUUGCUGUUGGAGAUUUGGACCCCGUUUAUGGGACAGAAGCAGCUGUGAACCCAACUGCUGGAACUCACCUUCAAAUUCAAAAUACUGAACUGUAUCGUGUUCCGUGUUUUGGCACUUUAGGCCCUCCACCUCCAUAUGAAGAAAUUCCAAAAUCAAGCCGAUUUUAGAUCUGGAUCAUUAAUUGAAAAUAUUAGAAAUAUUUAAAAUUGCAAAACGCUAAAUUUAGGAAUGUACUGGGAAUUCCUGGAAAUCAAUUAACAUAGUCUACAAAAGGACAAAUAGAUGAAAGAAUGAAUGUAGGAAAAUAAUUUGUGUUAUGGAGAUGUUUCCAUAGUAAAUUAGUGGACUCUUUGUAUAUUAGUGGACUCUUACUUUUAUGCUUAUAACCAAGUUUCUCCAUGUACUCAAACAGGCAGUAAUUGAUGCAUGGAGUGGCGUCCACUAAGUUUAAGAUUUCACUCUAGGACGCAUCACAGCUUUUUCUGCCUCACUCUCUGUUUUAAUCCAAGCUAUUCUCUGAUAUGGAAUCAAUAAAAAUUUCAUAGUGUAACAGUGACCCAGAGAUUCAUACAUGUCCAGACCCGGAAUCAGAAAGAGAACAUUUGAAUUGGGGUGAGGGGAGAGAAAAGAAGAAAGAAGAACUGUUUGGAGUUGAAGGGUGAGGAAUGAAUGAAGAGGAAGAUUAAAAGUUCAAGGGGUUGUACAUCUCAUCCUGAGGAGGGAGAAAGUGUUGGCAGAAGCUGAGGCGCAUGUAAUUCCACAAUGUGGAGAAGAGGCACUCAUUUCAUAUGGGUGAGUACAGGCUCCAGAGACCAGAGUCUUUCUCUGGUGACACAAGACUUGCCAUUUCUUGCAAACCAUGAUAAGAACCCUAGGUAUAGAUAUCAGUGUUCCCACUGAGGACUCUGAUUAAAGAAGGAACAAUGAGAGAUCAUCAAGUGACAUUUUUGAGGUGGCCAUGGGCCUGGGGACCAGGAAAAGAAAUCCAUGGCCGGUGCCAUAUGGUCUUCAGCUGACAAACGUGUUGGACAGAACGACUGGGACCUCGACUUAUUUGCCUAAUAUACCUUUUAAAUUAACUUCAACCAAAGUUAUCUCCUAAUCUUUUCCCAAACUUGUUUAUACAAAUAUCUCCCUUCUCGGUUGAUGUUAACAGUGACCUACUAGGUGCUAGACCUGGAGUUAGCUUUGAGUCCUCCUUUCAUGUGACUUCCUACAUCAGAAAAGUCCUUGGUUUAGCUCUACUAUAUAUAUUCUCUCUAUAAAGUCAGAUUCUAAGCAGUUCUUACUCCAUCUCUGUCAUGAACCACUCACUGCCAUUUCUUGCCUGGAUUACUGCAAUAGCAUCUAAACUAUUCUCUUCCAGCUAGCUUUGCCGUCUGUAUUUUAUUUCCAACACAGUAUCUAGAAUAACAUUCUUAUUGCAUAAGAAGGAUCAUGUCCCUUGAGUAAACUCAAAUGACAAUCACUCAGAGAAAAAUGCCAAGAGUCCUCAACACAUGGAUCUAUAGGAUCCAUAGUCAUCUAAGAUCUCCGUUCUUAUGACUCUCCCCAUACUUAUUUGCUCUAGGAACACAGUUCUCAAACCUACCAGGUAUUAUCUUACCUCCAUCUGUCCUUUCGGUCCUUAGUGCUUGCUGUUUCUUUUGCCUGUAACACUCUUCACCUGGAUAUCAAUAUUGCUUCACUCCUUCACUUCCUGUAAGUCUUUGUUGGAAAGUUACCUUCUCAGUGAGGCCUACCCUGAUCACCCUACUUUAAAUUGCAAUUUCUCUCAAGCCUUGCACUUCUACCUCCUUGUCUCAGGGACACUUUUCCUCUUCCCAUAGCACCUAUUAUCUUCUACUGUACUAUAUAGCAAAAUUUUAUUUAUCAUCUGCUGGUGGUCUUCCCUUGCUAGAAUGUAAAUCCAUGAAGGGAGAAAUCUUGUGUUAUCCACUAAUUCAUAACCCAAGCUUCUUUUUUUUUUUUUUUUUUUU